AUGGAUUCGUCAUAUUCAGAACGCGCUGCCAAGCGGGUUCGACAAGCCUGUGAGCCCUGCAGGAGGAAAAAAGCGAAAUGCCCUGGAGAGCAGCCGGUUUGCUCAUUGUGUGCUAGAUUACGGCAACAGUGCGUAUACGCGGAAUUAAGACGCCGUCAUGCGCCACCGGAGGAUCAUUCGAGGUCAAGUGCUCCGCCCUCGUCCUCCUCUCAAACACUUGAGGAUAGGUUGCGUAGCUUAGAAGGCAAGCUGGGGGCGGUUCUUGAACAUCUGGGGACUAGAGCUGAGCCUCCAGGAUCAAAUGAAGUGCCUACAACAACACCAUCAGGGAUUAGCUCAUCCACCAUUCUCCCGCCAUGGGAAGAGGUCAUUCCAAUUGCAGAGCUUUACCUGCUGUAUUGCGAAUCUCAGCCCUUGCCUUUGUUCCAUAGAAGCAGCUUCAUUGCUAAUCUCAAGAGGCGCGAUGUUGAGAUUGUAUAUGCAGUACUGGCUCUGAGUCUCCGUUUUUCAGAUUCGUACCGUAACUAUCCUGACUUGACGGGAUUGGUGAACGGCUAUGCUGAAGUGGCGCGCGGUCUGGUUAUGAAGCGAGUCUCGGAGGGGCCAGUCGAAAUUUCAACUCUACAGUGCCUGUGUCUUUUGAGUUUGGUUGAUUUCACAAAUGGCAAUACGCACCGCUCCAGCAUCCACAGCAGUCUGGCAAUGAACCUUGCACGGUGCGCCAACCUUGGAGUCGAGUCCCGUGCAUUAACAAAUAACGUCAUUCGCGAAGAACGAAGGCGAUGUUUUUGGAGUAUAUGUCUCCUGAAACGACUUCAUGGUGACGAUUUCUCAAUUCUAGACCUUCCAGAUAUAGGAGGUCCGCCAUUUCCCCAGAGCCCGACUCGGCCAUCCGCUAUCUCUCCAGCUCCACCAACCCCAGGGGCCCGACGAAGCGAGCUACAGGACCAAGGAAUAGUUGCAUAUGUCAUCAUGCUGAGUGAAGCAUUUGGGAGGACUGCGCGAUAUGUACGGCAUCGAGGACGACCGGGGAAUGUACCGCCAUGGUCUCCGGACUCGGAGUAUUCCAAGAUCAUUGCGCUGCAAAUGGAAAUGGAGACCUGCAUGCCACUUAUACACCGCUUCAAACCCGCAAACCUCAGCGAUAGGUCUUUAGAGGAACUGCAGGCUCAUAGAGAGUACUGGGGCCCAUGGUUUUUAAACCAAUUCAUGUACCAUACCAUUCUCUGCCUCCUCAACCAUCCCCUCCUCUUGUCUCUGAGUUUGCGUACGUUUCGGAAUACCAUCCCCGAAAUAUUUUUACAACAUACUUCGGAUCUGAUCUCCUCGCAUACAACUUGGAUCAUCCAUUUCAUCAACUAUUUUGAGGAAAGAUCCUUCCUGGUAUCAGAUCCCUUGCUGGGAUACAGCGCUGCUGUUGUGGCCACCAUCGAGCUUCAAUUAAGCUUCACAGAGAACCCAGCCAUUAGGGAGCAGAAGCGAGACAGAUUCACAAAAUGCGUCAAUUUUGUACAACAAAUCGGCGAGAGAUGGCCCCAUAUGGCUCGCUUAGCAGAAAGACUACAACACCUGGAGAACGCUGUUUCAGCCACCUACCAAUGCGACCUAGGUAUUCAAAACCAAAGUCUCCUGAUCGAUCUCUCCCGCUUCUGGGAAAUUCUUGAGUAUUCAUCCAACAGCGACGUCGAUUCCGCUAGGCGCCUUUUCGGAGAUUCGUUGUAUAACGGACCUCCAUCCGUGGCAACAGAAGUUUCACAGACUUCGCCUUUACCAGCACCGACUCGUUUGAAUGAACAGGAAGAGUCCUCUUCGACUCUCCAAUCUCCAAACUUCAAUACCAAUACCGUCUUUCCCAAUGGCCCAGAUUAUCCUACAAAUACACUGGUGGCGCCGCAACAACUGGCUUUGUCGAACGAUGACUUUUCUAUCCUUGCUACGAACUUCUUUUCUCAGGGACAAGAGUUCCUUCGAGGUGGUGAUAGCUGGGAAAAUAUUGGGAACUUUUGA